AUGCGAUGGCACUCAUCAGGCGUCAUAUUGAAGCACUCAGAGCAGGCGCUUGAGCGGUUUCUAAAUACGCCUCUCCAUCCCAUGAAUGUACGUCAAAUGAUGGGUAGAAACAAAAAACAGAUAGGUGUAGCAGUAGAGCAGCUUGGUGCUCGUACUGCACGUAGUUACCGUGCUUUUUCUAGUGAUGUUGUAAAACAAAGUCUGGAUGGAGAAACUAGUCUUCGACUGAAAUCACUAGAAUCUAUAUGCAAGAGAGAGUUUGACCUAUGUGUGGCUUUAAGUGAAGCUGCAGAAAUAUACCUUGGUGAACUAGAACGAGGUGAAAUAAGUGAUAUUGAUACUCCUCUUCCUAAUGAAAUUAGCGAUGAUGCAUGGGUGGAUAAUAUAAUGAGAGGAGAAACGAGUAGGACUAGUUCAUCUCUGGCCCAUUUUAUCGAUGCCUUAGAAAAUCUUCGUCCUCAUGAAAAUAUGCUUGAAGUUGUCGUUAAUGAAGAAUGUAUACGUUCUCCUGUUCUUAAUAGUUGGCUAUCUUGUUUUUGCCGACGCCGUGUUUCUUGGCGUGUUCUUCACGAACAUCUUCUUCACCUAGUUGGACCAAGACGAUAUUCUCCAGUAAUUCGUGAAGACCAUGGAAUGGGUUGCAUAUUAGAGCAAACAUGUACUGUAGUUGUUGAGCUUUACACACGUGCAGUUCAAUCUUUAUGUGGUGGCUCUCUAAUAAUCAACGUGGAUGAACGUCCAGAAUUACUGACACAAGCACCCCAAUGGCCAUUGUUAACGUCAAGCAGUGAAGUUGCCCCGAUAGUACCAAAAAAUUUGUUACCAACUCCACCACUUUCAGAGUGGGUAUACUCUGUGGAGGGACACCUAGAGUAUGUCUUUCGAGAACUUAUUAAGAACGCUUGUGUAGCAAGACUAAAGCAAACACUUGAUGUUGAACUCCAGGUAAACUUUGCCAUCAGUGAUACUCAUGUUGUGGUAGAUGUAACAGAUAAGGCCGGUGGUAUACCUCCUGAGGCUGUGAAGGAUAUUUGGCUCUUUGGCUGGACGACAAACACCUCACUGGGAAACCCCAUGGGAGGUUUUGGUGUCGGUUUACCCGCUUCUAAGGUGUAUAUGGACUUAUGGGGAGGAAGGAUUGACCUAUAUACGAGCAUCGGUGAAGGAACGACUGUCCGUGUAACGUUUCCAAAAUCACCGAUAGAGGUGUUACUACCAUAA